CCGGAAACUCAAAAAAUGUGUACAGCAUUGUUAGUGGUGAUGAAUCGUGGAUUUACUGUUAUGAACCAGAAAAUAAACGACAGUCGGCUGUUUGGGUGUUCCAAGGUGAAGAAAAGCCAACAAGUCAUCCGUCCUCGAAGUGUUUCGAAAAAGAUGGUCGCGACAUUUGUGUCAAAAGCGGGUCAUAUUGCAAAAAUUCCUCCUAAUGAGCAAAGAACUGUUACUGUGGAUUGAUAUACCACCAUUUGUUUGCCAAAAAUCAUCACCGAGUUUCGAAAAAUCAACCCCGAAAGAAGAAUCAUCCUCCACCAAGACAAUGCAAGCUCGCACACAGCCCAAAAAAUAAGGCAGUAUUUAACGGAAGGAAACGUGGAAUUAUUGGACCAUCCUCCAUAUAGUCCCAAUCUAAGUCCUAACGAUUUCUUUACUUUCCCGAAAAUUUAAAACAGACUGCGUGGUCAAAGGUUCCAGUCACCAGAAGAAGCAGUUGACGGAUUCAAAAAUGCCGUUUUGGAUCUGCCAGCAAACGAGUGGAAUAAGUGCU